AUGUCUGGAUUAGAAUCCGUUCGGAAACUCGCCAUCGAUGCGAUUUUUGAUGCGGUGACCAAGUUUCGUGACAAUAACGAUGCUGACUUGAGAGCUCUGGUAUUGCUGCUGUUCGAUGCGAUCCACCCGGAGCUGUUGAAGUUUCGUAUCUGUUUCAAUUUUAUCAUUGCUCGAUCGUCUCCUCACCUAAACGAUGUGCUUAUCGGCCAGCUCGUGUUUAUUGACAGUAGCUUUAAGAGAAUUGCACCCUGCUGA